AUGAAAGUUGACAUUGUCAAAGUACAUGAGGUCUGGCCUCGGAGCCACCAGAAUCUAUCGCCACAGUCUGCGAACCUGCCCGUCGUGGACGCUUGGUAUGCCUACCAUCGUACUGUUCCUACAAUAUACCUUUUCAAACAAACAAAUGAGCAGCGAGAACUCGUUGCGCAAAUCAUCGAAAGCCUUUCCCGAACACUUGAUGUCUUUCCGCGCUUUGUUGGGGUCUUGGAGGGCACCACACACCCAGAUCCAAAAGAUCAGAAACAACAAGUUCAGAGAACGAUCGUGAAAUGGGGAACUUCUAGCGACAGAGCUGUAGAAUUCACCGAGGCCCGCACCAAGGCGCGCAUCCAGAGCCUGCUUCCACCUGCCACCCUAAACAAAUCGUCAUUCAUGUGGGACUAUUCCCCUAUAUCUCUCCGCGCACUGUUUCCCACGCCCUGCUCUCAGCCUCCCGGAAUUCGCAUCCAGACUACGACGUUCGCAUGCGGCGGCUUCAGUCUCGGCAUCGACUUUGAGCACGGCUUGGCUGACGGUUAUACUGCGGGAAGGUUUCUGGAGCACUGGUCGUUGAUCCAUGGACAGCUGUUUCAUAGCGGAAAUGGAGUGCUCAAGAACCCACCGUCAUGGCAGCCAGACAUCUUCAACGACCAACUUGCUGAUAUCGAUCUGCACGAACAAGGACCAUCGCUUCUUGAACGAGCUCGCACACUUCCUACACGAGGCCCAUAUCGCCGUACUCUACAUUCGAAUGGCUCCGACAUCGUAUCGAACUUUGGACCGAAGAAGAUGUACAACUAUCUAUUACACAUACCUGCCAAAGAAGUAGGACACAAGCUGGCAGAGCUACAGUCAAAAAGCUCAAUGCGCUUGACUGACCAAGCAGCGCUGAUCGGUUUCUUCUGGGCAUGUCUCAAUCGAGCUCGUGGUUAUUCAAAAUGUCUGCCCAUUGAUCUUCACUUAGCCACCAGCUUGCGUUGGCUUCUAGGAGUCCGCGAUGGGCUACUAGGAUCGCCGUUCGUAGUAGUCAUGAUUUCCCCCGAUGCAGAUAGCGCCCCCACAAAUUCCACUGAUCCAAUCAACCUGGCUGUUAGAGUUACCAACACCCUAAACCAGUAUGACGACACCGCAAUCCACGCAAUUGCCUAUGACGCGUCCUUCACCGAUAGUCCUUCACGUACCCUUAUGCCAAAAAGGGGUGAUGAACAUAUGGAGUUCAGCUCCGUGGCGCACUUGGGAUACGACAAGUUCAGUCUGGGAUCUCUUCGCCCCUCCUUUUACUUUCCGUCGUCAUCCAUACCGAAUCUUUUUGUCUUGACAGAGGCUGUGCCAAGCGGUGGAGUAUCCGGCAAUACCUGGUACAGGAAUGGGCUGAAUUUGUUUUUCAACGUAACGGAAGACGUGUUUGAAUCAUUUGCCUCCGAUCCAGCGUUGGCGCAAUGCGAAGUGUAUCAGGAUUUGUGA